UUCUGCCACUUCUCUGAGAACGCCUAAGUUCACAGACCUGACACCAUGGUGCAUUUCACUGCCGAGGAGAAGAAUGUUAUCACUAGCCUGUGGGGCAAAGUGAAUGUGGAAGAGGCUGGCAGUGAAGCCCUUGGGAGGCUCCUGGUUGUCUACCCCUGGACCCAGAGGUUCUUCGACAGUUUUGGCAACCUGUCCUCUCCCUCUGCCAUUAUGGGCAACCCCAAGGUCAAAGCCCAUGGCAAGAAGGUGCUGACCUCCUUUGGAGAAGCUGUUAAGAACAUGGACAACCUCAAGGCUACCUUUGCUAAGUUGAGUGAGCUCCACUGUGACAAACUGCAUGUGGAUCCUGAGAAUUUCAGGCUCCUGGGCAACGUGAUCGUGAUUGUUCUGGCUUCUCAUUUUGGCAAGGAGUUCACCCCUGAGGUGCAGGCUGCUUGGCAGAAGCUGGUGUCUGGCGUUGCCACUGCUCUGGCUCACAAGUACCACUGAGUCCACUUUGCUGUUCCCAAGUGCCCUUUUGUGUUCCCAGUGACAACUUUGUGUGGGGCUUGGGAUUUGGUCUCUAGAGCAUAAUGUCUGUUUAAUAAAGUGCAUUCUACUCAUUAAUCAGAAAUCACUAUUUUUUUCU